UCUCAGUGGCCGCGGAAGGUGACGUGGACACGGAAGUGGUCGUCGUCGCGGCGGCACCGGUGGGAGCGAGGCGCGGGGCUCCGAGUGCGGCCAGCGGGCAGACGGGCGGCGGCGGUCUCGCAUCGGCGACGGUGGCGGGCGCAGGCACUGUCGGUUGGGUGGGAGUCCGCUGAACCGAAGAGCGGCUUUUUAGCUCCUUUUCCCUGCCCAUCGGAACCCCGGAGCCGGGGCCCGCUCAGCCGGCGUCACCAUGACCAAGGCCGGUAGCAAGGGCGGGAACCUCCGCGACAAGCUGGAUGGCAACGAACUGGACCUGAGCCUCAGUGACUUGAAUGAGGUCCCCGUCAAGGAGCUGGCUGCCCUUCCAAAGGCCACCAUACUGGAUCUGUCUUGCAAUAAACUGAGUACUCUACCGUCGGAUUUCUGUGGCCUCACACACCUGGUGAAGCUAGACCUGAGUAAGAACAAGCUGCAGCAGCUGCCAGCAGACUUUGGCCGUCUGGUCAACCUCCAGCAUCUGGAUCUCCUCAACAACAGGCUGGUCACCCUACCGGUCAGCUUUGCUCAGCUCAAGAACCUGAAGUGGCUAGACCUGAAGGAUAACCCCCUGGAUCCUGUCCUGGCCAAGGUGGCAGGCGACUGCUUGGAUGAGAAGCAGUGUAAGCAGUGUGCAAACAAGGUGUUACAGCACAUGAAGGCCGUGCAGGCGGAUCAGGAGCGAGAGAGGCAGCGGCGGCUGGAAGUGGAACGAGAGGCAGAAAAGAAGCGUGAGGCCAAGCAGCGAGCUAAGGAAGCUCAGGAACGGGAACUGAGGAAGCGGGAGAAGGCAGAAGAGAAGGAGCGUCGGAGAAAGGAGUAUGAUGCCCUCAAAGCAGCCAAGCGGGAGCAGGAGAAGAAACCUAAGAAGGAAACAAAUCAGGCCCCGAAAUCUAAGUCUGGCUCCCGCCCCCGCAAGCCACCACCCCGGAAACACGCUCGAUCCUGGGCUGUGCUGAAGCUGCUGCUGCCGCUGUUGCUGUUAUGUGUGGCAGGUGGGCUGGUUGCUUGUCGGGUGACGGAGCUGCAGCAGCAGCCCCUCUGCACCAGCGUGAACACCAUCUAUGACAACGCCGUCCAGGGUCUGCGCCGCCAUGAGAUCUUCCAGUGGGUCCUCCAGACCGACUCUCAGCAGUGAGCUCCUCCUCAGUACCUGCUGCCUCCCAGCCUUGGAGCUUGGAUUCCUAUGGAAUUGGGUUCUGCUGGACACACCUCUUUUUAGCAUCAGACCUACCUGCCAUCAUCAAAUGGCUGCUGAUUGGUACUUGAGACCUCCUCUUCGUAGGACUUCUUUGUUCCUUAGUCAGGGUUCCCUGGUGGAAUGAGGAGAAAUGGGAGGUGGGGGGGAACAGUUACCUGCAUGCCUAAAGGAAUAGGCUUGGGGAUGGGGAGAGAGAAAACAUAGCCUUUUCUAGUUGUUAUAAAAGCUGUGUAAAGGCAAGGCUCGUUUCUACUAAAUGGUCAGCUGUCACUACAUUUA